AUGCCCGCGCUGCUGACGGACCUUCAAAAGGUGCACCAGCAGGCGCCGUACCAAGUUGCUACCAGACAAGUCUGGGAACUCUGGCGGGACAUCAGACGAUUACGCAUGAUGUCGGUCAAGUCGGUUUGGGAGGUCUGGACUAACAUGGUACGAUUCCGUAAGGCUAGUAAGCACCUCAGACAUCAGGCCAAGAUGUACAAGAGACAGAAUCUCGAACACUUCCUCGUGAGUACCGCCCAGUGCGGACUGCAGCAUGACAUCCACCUGUGGUACAGAAGAAUUCGACAAUUCUGUCCGAAAGACAGACAUCCCAAGAUUCACCUGAGAACUAAGGAGGGCAACCCCCUCUCACCACAGGAAUCCAUCAAAGCACUGCAAGAUUACUUCACUGCUUUGUACCAUGAGCCCCAACACGAACGACCAUGCACCUCACCACUGCGGCAGCUCCCAUUUAACGAACAGCAAAUUGAGGGUGCGCUCGCUGCCUUGCCAGCUACCAAAGCCCUCAAGCCUCAGACAGCGCCCGCAAUUUUGUGGAAAUGCUGCGCCGGGCAGUUGGCGCCACUAAUUGCUCGAGCGAUGCAGGAAGCGUGGGUAGGGGAUCAAGUGCGCACGGUGGAUCAUUGGCACACCACUAUGAUGGCUCUUCUCCCAAAGCCGAACAAACCGGCAGCCCUGCCGGAGAACCUGCGGCCUAUCUGCCUGCAACAUCCUGUGUGCAAAAUUGCCGCACGGCUGACGACGGAGCAGGUGCGGCAGCAAGUGUAUCAGUCCAUUCGGCACCUCCCUAUCUACGCAUAUAUGCCGCACAGAUCGACGACAGAUUGCCUGCUUCGCGCGUUUCGCCAUUGUGAGGCCGUCCAGGCGAUGUGCGCCACCACUACGAAGGCCAAGAAGCGGAAGGGACAGGUCGCUGGAGGCAUAUCUUUAUCAAUUGAUCUUAGUAAGGCUUUUGAUAAAGUGAACCGCAGACCCCUGCUUCAAACUCUGCGCACGCUUUUAGCUGACGAGCAUAUUACGAUGCUCAUCCGCUGCAUGGAGGGAGACUAUUUGAUUGAACACAAGGGUCAGAGCGCACGCAUUCCAGCCACGCGAGGCGUCAAACAGGGCGCGACUGACGCGCCAUUGUUGUGGAAUGUCAUCCUUCUUGCACUGUUACGAGUUCUUGAACAGAAGCUCAGCUUAGAGUGGAUACAACAACAUGUCACCGUGUACGCUGAUGAUAAGCUGUUCUUGUGGACGAUCCACAGUCAAACGGAACUUGACCGUGCCAUCAGGGAAAUCGGCAUCAUCCUCGAAACCCUACAACAGCUAGGAUUCGAUACCAACUUGGAGAAAACGACUGUGAUGGUGAAGCUGGCUGGGCAGGCUGCCAGAGCUGCGCUGGCCAAGUAUCACAGGCGCCGGCCAACCGGACCGGUCAUGCAAGUGCAGUGCCCGGAUCUGACCAGGAUUGAACUACCCAUGCAGGCCAGCCAAUCGUACCUGGGUGCCGUGCUCAGCUACUCGUCGCAUCGCAGGCUGACCCUAAAGCGACGAGUAACAGCUGCUAGGGUAUCCUCGUCCACGGAAGCUCCCCCCGCACAGCAGGACAAUCAGGCAGGCACGCUCUUUCCGUGUGCAGAAUGCAAGAAGGUGUUCCUCACGAGAACAGCGCUGAAGCAUCACAGGCGAAGUGAACACAAGAUGAAAUGCGAUGACCUCAUACCCUUCAGACCGUUAAGAGAUGCAUACAGUGGAAGUAAUCAGUGCAAUCACUGCCGAAUCACACUUGACAACCGGCUUAAUCUCCGUAGGCACAUUGAAACCGCUUCCUGUGCACAGUUCAAUCCGGACAAGCCGGAUGGGCCGAGUAUGGCCACGGACCAGAAUCUCAAAAGACUUGCGGACGACGGCCAAAUAACAGCACUGAUUAAGGCUGUCGCAAAACACCCUCUCACAUGGUAUCACUGUGCCUUCUGCAAUCAGCGCCUGCACGCCAGACAGAUCACAAACCACAUCUACAAGGAACAUGGCGAGUGCAAAGAGCCGAUCAACGCACAGUUGACUGCCAUGAUCAGACAGCAGCACUGGCAAAAGCAGAAUGGGCGGGGCCGAAAAUCUAGUGGCAAGGGCAAGGGCAAGGGCAAGGGCAAGAACACAGGCAAGAAUCAGACACCAUCCCGCCCCUCCGGUGUCACAGGCAUCAAUCACAACGGGAUGGAGAACAAGCCGGACAUGCACCAGGUGCUGAAGAACUUUGCAACGAUCCUGCUGAGACACGAGGCCUCGAUCCAGAGUCUUGCAGUCGACAGGGAGUUUAUGCUCUUCGUCACUGGAGGGCAGGGCUCACCGCUACCUCAGAUGAUCAUGACAUCAGAGGACUGGCACUCCAAGGUGGGGUCCGAGGAAGGGGCCCAGAAGCCCCUCAAAUGCAUCAUGGUCCAGACGCUCAUGGACACCAUCAUAGACAGAUUAGUCAAAGUCAAGACCGAUCUGACACGACAGCAAGUCCUACAGGGAUUGGGGAUUCUCGAUUCCGAGCUAAACUGGGCGUAUCUGCAAUGGUCUCAGAAGGAGCAAAAGCAGAUUGUGGCGCAGACAGACGGUCUGUCGAUGACGGAUGCGGAAAAGCACUUAAAGGAAGCCCAGCAGUUGCUUCAGCUGGAGGGAAUGUUGAGACGAUUCACGGCAUUCAAGGCACUCAAGUUCGUACAGACACCGGAGAAGGAUCCUGCGCUGGUAGUGCCAUGGCGCCUGGAGCUCAGCUUGCGACAUCCUCAAUCGUUCCGAUUAAUGGAGGUACUGACCAAGCUUUGCAGAAACGGAGUCACGCAAUUGGCGAUGACCAGAAUGUUGGUGAACAACGCCAAUAUGUGCUACGCAAAUGCCAUCGUGAAUGGCCACUUGUGGUCCAUUCACUCCCUGCUUGAGGCAUCCUCGCGGGGACAUACCACAGACAUGCGGUGUGACUGGGGAUUAUUCACUCAUGUCCUUGAAUGGCAACCUGUACGGGAUCAUAUGAGUGAAUGGCGGGGCUGGGGACUCCAGCAGGAUGCUGGGGAGUUUUACGACUGGUUGCGCACACAUCUGAGCGAAAAGCACCAACCCUCUGUCUGGAUCAUGUUGUCGAAGCGCACCGGAGUGAAGACGUUGCAACAAGGGUCCAUUCUAAUCCCUCCGCUUCUAGAUAAGCGCCCGGGUACCCUGCAGGAACAUGUUCAAGCCUGGUCAUUCGGCUCCGAUUCCUAUCAGGCGCUUCUUCAAGCAGAUCGGGGACUGUUCAUGCUACUGAGGGACACUUGUCACGACCAACGUGCCAAUGUACUCGUCGAUCCAAACCACCCCUUUGUGCUCAUUCCGCAAAUUGACAUGCUUAGCACUGCGGAUCCCCCGAUUAUGCGCUGGCAUAAGUAUCGCAUUACUGCGGUCCUGCUGCGACACGGUCAAACCCGUGAGACGGGGCAUUACACCACACUGCUGUUUGAGUUGGGGUCGCCGUAUGUUUGGUUGAAAAACGAUUCCCAGCCACCAAGUCUAGGACGGUAUCACAGCUGGUAUUCGGACGCACUCUAUGGCAUCUGGUUAGUGCCUUCUUCUUCGAACGAUCUACUGAGUGAAGGCAUUGAUGAGCCAGUCGCUGAGGGUCUAGACUUCGAUGCAACAGGGAAUUUAGUGCAAGCGGUUGCGCCGAGCAACGAUGUGAUGAGCCCUGAAGCCUUGGAGAGCGGAAUCAACCCAUACAUGACAGCGCAUGUGAGGGGCGGACCUCUGGUAGACGUGUGCAGUCCGGGACAAUCCACUGUUGUUGACGGCGGGUUAGCGCCACCACACGCUGCAGGCAGUGGUGCUCGACCUGAGUCCGAUGACGUGGUAAUGGAGAGGUGGCGCGGCCCUCGGCAGGGGAUGACGACUGAAGACAACACAGCUCAUAAUGAGCAAGGAGGAUCAAUUGGCACUCCGCCACAACUGCGAUCCAGGACUGAGGAAUCCUCGUCCAAAGACUGUCAGCCAACGACACUCGGGUCAGUGCUGCUGGAGGUUGACAACAUCAACAAGGUUGCAUCUUACAAGCGUCCGAGGUCUACUGGGGCGCCCGAUGACACAGAUACCAAGACGAGUAAGCCUAUGCCUCGCAAACGCAGUCAGCUCCUGACUCCAUCGCAGCGGUGGCAACAACAACCAUUGCCCGCCGAAGCCGCAACUCUGAGGUGUGAUGCGCGCAAGGCUGAGGAAUCCUCGCCACAUUGCCCUAUGGCACCAGAUAAGUUUGCCAGCGAUGCUGAUUCCCGUCCACCUCAGCCAACGUUGACAAUGUAUUGGACCUCACACCGUCCUCUCACCAAACAGGCUGAGGGAUCCUCGCCGCAAGUACCUGCAAAACUUUUCAACAGUGAGAAGGCGCAUAAGCUUAGCGAGAGAAAUGCUGCACGCAAGAGGCUGAAGAGAGGCCAUGGUGCACAGCAGCGUCCUAGAUUCACCGGGACAAAAGCUCUUGGUGAGGCGAUUGGGGCCAUGUUCGGCCAUUAG